GAGAGAAAAGUCAGCAAGAAUGGUGCUGUCAGAUGCCAACAGACAGGUAAUAGAAAGCCUGGGCAGGGAUCUAGCAGCAAAUGCUGAAGCUUUGGGUGCAGAUGCUUUAGCCAGGUUGUUUGAUGUUCAUCCUCAAACCAAGACAUACUUCCCGAAGUUCACUGGCUUCAAGUCCUCUGAUCAGCAAGUCAAAGAUCAUGGUCAUCAGGUAAUGAAAGCUGUGGCGAAAGCAGCGCAAAACUUGGACAACCUUCCUACACACAUGCGAGAACUUGCCAAGAAACAUGGUAAAGAACUUCUGGUGGAUCCUCAAAACUUCAACCUGUUCGCCGAUUGUAUUGCGGUCACCUUGGCCAUUUACUUGUCCUCGUUCCCCGCUGCAGCCCACUGUGCUGUUGACAAAUUUCUUGAGUUGCUUACACAUGAAUUGCGCUCCGACUACCGUUAA